UUGCGUCUUAAAUUAAACAUUCCAAAUACAAUAAAAAAAAGCCAUGUCAAUAUAUUCCAUUCCUCUUCCGCCGGCCGCCGCCGAAAGAUCAUCGACGCGUCUUCUUCUUCUCUCCGCCGCAAUCUUCCUCUCCUACGCCGCUGCAGCGGCGGCGUUCAACGUCACCACGAUCCCCUUCAACCAGGGCUUCACCGCCCUCUUCGGCGAACCCAACAUCCUCCGUUCGCUCCGCGAUGACGCCGUCAGCCUUCAUCUCGACCGUUAUACAGGUUCUGGGUUCAAGUCAUCGGAUCUAUACAACCACGGCUUCUUCAGUGCCAAGAUUAAACUGCCGUCCGACUACACCGCCGGAAUCGUCGUCGCAUUCUACACGACGAACGGGGACGUGUUUGAGAAGACGCACGACGAAUUGGACUUUGAGUUUCUGGGGAAUGUGAAGGGGAAGGAAUGGAGGUUUCAGACGAAUGUGUACGGAAAUGGGAGCACAAACAGGGGAAGGGAAGAGAGGUAUUUCCUCUGGUUUGACCCCUCCCAUGACUUCCAUCGCUACAGUAUUCUUUGGACCAAUCAAACCAUUCGAUUUUACAUAGACGAAAUUCCAAUAAGAGAGAUGGUAAGGAACGAAGCGAUGGGAGGGGAUUUCCCACAGAAGCCCAUGGGCCUAUACGCCACAAUAUGGGACGCUUCAGAUUGGGCCACGUCCGGCGGGAAGUACAAGGUCAACUACAAAUACGCCCCAUUUGCGGCCCACUUCACCGACCUCGUCCUCCACGGCUGCGCCGCCGAUCCUCUGCAGCAGGUGGUUCUCGACCCCGGUUGCGACGGCGGAUCCGAUGCUGACGUGGUGACGCCGAAGCAGAGAGCGGCCAUGGACCGGUUCAGGCACAAGUACAUGUAUUAUUCCUACUGUUACGAUUCCGUCAGGUACCCUGAGCCGUUGCCGGAGUGCGUGGUUGACCCGGCGGAGAGGACCCGGUUCAAGGAGACUGGGCGGCUCAAGUUCGAGCGCCGCCGCCGUCACCGUCCGAGAUCUGCGUCAAGAAGUGAGGGUAUUUUUGGGAAGGGCGGUUACAAAAGUAGCAACCAUUAUGAAUAUUAGUUGUGUGCCAUUAUUUAAUUUUAAUUUUUUUAAAAAAAAAUUUAUUUGGGAUUGGGUUUUGUUGUUUUUAUGGCCAGUAUAUAUAUGAUUUAUGUCGAAAUGUUAUAAACAGUAAAGAUUAUAGGGAGAAAUGCUUCUUUUCUUUGUGAAUAGUGUUAGAGAUUAUUAGUGUCAGCGUUUUGAAAAUGCUAUUUACAGAUAAUGUUUAACGUUAGCGUUUUUAAAGUAAAUUAUACUGUUAAAA